UAUUCUAACCAGCAACCGUUCGGUAACUGGACAAACAGUCUAAACGCUAGGCAUAGUAAUAGGAAGUAUGUGACUGAUGUGACCCAAUUGAAUUACAACACUUUUGUUUGUCAGAAACCACUACGGGUGUGUGAUUGCUUCUCCUUUCCUGUGGAUGGUUUUCAUGAUUGUAAGGUGAAUGUGAAUUCUGACAUGGCAUGUAGUACUGACAACAUGUUUCUCAUUGGCCUCUUUAUGUCAGGUGUUUUGGCCUGUUUUGGCCAWAGACAUUUGAUCACCACAAUGCCAGAGAAAUUGGAUGUACUGAGUGGCUCCUGUGUUCAAAUCCCAUGUGCAUUUGAUGUUCCUCAAGAUUGCUCUACCUUUAACAGCACAGUAAUUACCUCCGGAGUGUGGAUUAAAGAAUCACCGWACUUUGGUGGCAGKCYGGACAWUGURAUAUUUAACAGUAGUAAGACAGACAACASCUAUCAAGGGAAGAUAACUGGAAACAUGUCCUGGAAGGCCUGCACCACRGUCUUCUUCAAUGUAACCACCAGUUACARUAACAGCUACUUCUUCAGAAUUGAGAGUAAACCAUUCAGAGCAACAGACMCUGACAAGUCUGUUCUUAUAGUUGUCAGAGAUUUGCCUCUCAGACCAGAGAUUACUGUCUCAUGUGAGAUGAAGGAAGAGAGGCCUGUCAGUUUGAACUGCUCUGCUGCAGCUCCCUGUCCCCAACACUCUCCUAAACUGACAUGGACUCUCCCAACCCUGUUUACACCUGAGAACCAACUCCAAGAGAAUUCAGAUCAAACCAAAUCUGUUCUCUCCACGGUGACAUUCACUCCUUCACACCUUCAUCAUGAGAAGAACAUCACUUGUACUGCAGUCUACCCAGUAGGAACAAGCAACAAGACAGCUGAACAUACCAUGACGCUUAACGUUUUAUUCUCUCCAAAAAACACCUCAGCCUCCCUCAGUCCAGCUUAUCCAGUAUCAGUGGGCAGUUGUGUGAAUCUGACCUGCAGCAGCACAGCCAACCCUCCUGUGACAAACUUCACCUGGUUCCAGAUUUGUGGGGGUAAACCAACACGGGUAGCAUCUGGACAGACUUACACCCUCAAUGUGACUGUUGGUGAUGGAGGGAUGUACUACUGUGAAGCAAGAAAUUAUCACGGCAUUGAGAAGUCAAUGAAAGUGCUUCUAGCUAUUGAAGGGCAAGAAGAGCCUCUUAACCCAAGGAUUUGGGGAAUUGCAGGAGCAGGAGGAACCUUGGGAGUCAUUUUGCUAAUCAUCCUGAUCACUUUCUUUGGAUGGAAGAGAAAAUCUAGGCUCCCUGAUGGACUUGAAAGGAUAGACAAUCCACUAGGACAGAACUCCACAGUUGGGAUGAUGUAUACUAAUCAGGCCAUGACCAGAGAGGAACCAGAGGAACCAGCAGAAGACCAGCCUGAGGAGAUCCACUACGGUGAGAUAGACUUCUCCAAACUUCGGCCCAAAGAGACCCCAGCUGGAGCCCUGGACAGGGAACAGGGGCAGGAGAGUGAAUACGCUGAAGUCAGUGUGACCGGGAGAGGGGCCCAGGAACCUCCAGUUAACAACCUAGAUGGGGUUUAUGCACAAGUGAAUAAGAAAAGUGCAUUUUAAGCAUUUUGCCAAUGGAUAUUAAUUGUUUUUAUGGACAGUGUGUAUUUUGUAAUUGUUUUCUAUUGGUAUUUAGUUGUUAUAUUUACCAUUUUGGGCUCUUUGAUUAUUUGCAUAUUUGUAGAAUUUUCUGGGAUGAAAAGUGUUUAACUGUAACUACAGUGGUGGUUGGAUGAUACUCUCUAUUUUAGCCAAUUUAUUUUGAGUACUGAUUUCACAGAGCAUCUGUUUAAUGAGUUCAACUACUGAAGGCAGUUUAAGGCCAUAUAAAGUCAAUGAUGACUGAGGAAAGAAGAAACACAAUUAGUUGGAAAGACAAUGGCCUGAUGCAAGACAGGAAGUUGGUGAAGUAAGUGUACAUUUCCAGACUGAUGAUAAAAUCUACUGGUCACUAUUUUUCUUUUACUUUUAUGCAGUUGCCGGAAUAACAAUAUUAUCUAUUUUUUAUGUCUAUAUCAAUGUUGGACUUUUCGUGUCAGUUUUUAUGUUGAGCAAGAGAAGACAUUGAGGCUGAAUUUGAAGUUGUUUAUUAAUUGCAUUGUAAUAAAAACCUUUACAUUU